AUGACGACAACUAGCAAUGAAGCGCUUGUCAUCAUGAUCGAGAAACUGCAGCAACAAAUGCAUGAGAUGGUACUUCAGCACGAGCUUGCAACACCAUCCGCAAACGACGUAAGUAUGCGCUUAGUACCAUCGUUGCCAAAACAGCCGACGGUUAAAAACGUGAAGUAUCGUUUCUUUGACGGCAUCGAAGUAUACCCCAGCCUGGGUGCAGGUUUCGAGUUCUUCCUAAAAGAUGUAGACUCCGAGGUCCGUGCGGCACGUAUGAAACAGUUUGAGAGUAGUAAGCGUGGGUGGGGCGCUGCUGCAAUUCGCUCUAGGUUGUACGCACGCAGGGUGCAGAACGUCGCCAAGUCCACAUUCCGACAGACGUCCCAGCAGCAAUCUCCAAUACAGUCACAUGAAUCAAACUUCCCGAUGUCGGGAAAUUUGACUCCGUUGCGUUUGCAGGUGGUGGUCUUCUUGAUCGCGGCCGGCCAUGGCUGUUCUUCCUGA